AUGGGUUCCGACUACGAAACGACAAGACCUCCGGACCAGAAACUAGAAAUCCAUUACAUAGCACCAACGCAGUACGUUCCAAACUCCAAGCUUCCCAUACUCAUCUACCGUAGCGUCAUCCCGGAUCCAGACGAUCAUGACGGCACAGCUGCUAUCCUCAAGGGCAACGGGUAUCGAGUUGAUGGAUUUUAUGGCUGUUACGAUACCCCACAUUACCACUCAAACACAGUUGAAGCAUAUGCUUUUGUUCGGGGCUUCACAACGAUCAAGCUUGGGAAAGGGCCUCGUGAUGAAGAUGUUGGGAACGAGUUCUACUUGAGUAAGGGAGACUUGUUCGUGCAACCCGCUGGAAUGGUUCACAGCAUGAUCAAGUCUUCGCCGGAUUGCAAGUAUGCAGGUGCAUAUCCCGAGGGAAGUCCGCACUGGGAUGUGCGACUUGGGAACGAAGAUCCUCAGCUGGUGAAGAUUUUGAAAGAAGACGCUGCAGCCGUACCGAUACCUGCUUCGGAUCCAAUCUUUGGACCUCUGGGCCCUUUGGUUCGAAUUUGGAUGGCUGUGAAUGAAGGAAACGAUCUGCUUGAUCGUAAGAAGUGCCAGCAGAAAGGAUAUCAGGUGCCUUGUUGUGGGUCACCUGAAUCACCUGAAUAG